GUUGCUGUUACUUUCUGACUGUCUGGCUUUUGCCCUCCCCAGGCAUCACCGUGGACAAGUUUGGGCUCAUUUACUUUGUGGAUGGCACUAUGAUCAGGAGGAUUGAUCAGAAUGGGAUCAUCUCCACAGUGCUGGGUUCCAAUGACUUGACGUCUGCUCGGCCUCUCAGCUGUGACUCUGUCAUGGACAUUUCUCAGGUUCGUCUGGAAUGGCCCACGGAUCUGGCAGUCAAUCCAAUGGAUAACUCACUCUACGUCCUGGACAAUAACGUUGUGUUACAGAUAUCUGAGAACCACCAAGUGCGCAUCGUGGCAGGGAGGCCCAUGCACUGCCAAGUGCCAGGCAUGGAUCACUUCCUCCUUAGCAAGGUGGCAAUCCAUGCCACGCUGGAGUCUGCCACCGCCCUGGCUGUCUCACACAACGGGGUCCUGUAUAUUGCUGAGACUGAUGAGAAGAAGAUCAACCGCAUCAGGCAGGUCACCACCAAUGGUGAGAUAUCCCUCGUUGCUGGUGCACCAAGCAGCUGUGACUGCAAGAACGAUGCUAACUGUGACUGCUUCUCAGGGGAUGAUGGCUAUGCCAAGGAUGCCAAACUCAAUGCGCCAUCCUCCCUUGCGGUGUGUGCGGAUGGGGAGCUGUAUGUUGCUGAUCUUGGGAAUAUCCGAAUCCGCUUUAUUCGGAAGAACAAACCAUUCCUCAACACACAAAACCUAUAUGAGUUAUCCUCACCCAUAGACCAGGAACUCUACUUGUUUGACACCAGUGGGAAGCACCUUUAUACUCAGAGCCUUACCACUGGAGAUUACCUUUACAAUUUUACUUACUCUGGAGAUGGAGAUAUAACCCUGAUCACUGACAAUAAUGGCAACUUGGUCAAUAUCCGAAGAGAUUCCACAGGGAUGCCCCUCUGGCUGGUGGUGCCUGAUGGCCAAGUCUACUGGGUGACAAUUGGUACCAACAGUGCACUCAAGAGUGUAACAACACAGGGGCAUGAAGUGGCCAUGAUGACUUACCACGGCAACUCUGGUCUCCUUGCCACUAAAAGCAAUGAAAAUGGUUGGACAACAUUUUAUGAGUAUGACAGCUUUGGCCGCCUGACCAAUGUGACCUUCCCUACUGGCCAAGUGAGCAGCUUCCGCAGCGAUACCGACAGUUCCGUGCACGUCCAGGUGGAAACCUCCAGCAAGGAUGAUGUUACAAUAACAACCAAUUUGUCAGCAUCAGGAGCAUUCUACACCCUGCUCCAAGACCAAGUUCGAAACAGCUACUACAUCGGUGCUGAUGGCUCUCUCAGGCUGAUGCUCGCUAAUGGCAUGGAGGUGGCCCUGCAAACAGAGCCACAUCUGCUGGCUGGCACAGUCAACCCCACGGUGGGGAAGAGGAAUGUCACCCUGCCCAUCGACAACGGCCUCAAUCUCGUGGAGUGGAGGCAGAGGAAGGAGCAAGCGAGAGGGCAGGUCACCGUCUUUGGACGUCGGCUGAGGGUUCACAACAGAAACCUGCUGUCCCUCGACUUUGACCGUGUGACAAGGACAGAGAAGAUCUAUGAUGACCACCGCAAGUUCACGCUCCGCAUCCUCUACGACCAGGCGGGGAGGCCCAGCCUCUGGUCACCCAGCAGCAGACUGAAUGGGGUCAAUGUCACCUAUUCCCCAGGAGGACACAUUGCAGGGAUUCAGAGGGGCACAAUGUCAGAAAGGAUGGAGUAUGAUCAGUCUGGCAGGAUUACAUCCAGGAUCUUUGCUGAUGGCAAAUCAUGGAGCUACACUUACUUGGAGAAGUCCAUGGUGCUGCUCCUUCACAGCCAGAGACAGUACAUCUUUGAGUUUGAUAAGAACGACCGGUUGUCAUCGGUGACCAUGCCCAACGUUGCUCGGCAGACUUUAGAAACCAUUCGUUCCAUUGGUUACUACAGGAACAUCUACAGGCCACCAGAAGGCAAUGCCUCGGUCAUUCAGGAUUUCACAGAGGAUGAGCAGCUUCUCCACACUCUGUACUUGGGCACAGGCAGACGGGUCAUCUACAAGUAUGGCAAGUUGUCCAAGUUAGCUGAGAUGCUCUACGACACCACAAAGAUCAGUUUCACUUAUGAUGAAACUGCUGGCAUGCUGAAGACCAUAAACCUGCAGAACGAAGGGUUCACCUGUACAAUCAGAUACAGGCAGAUCGGGCCCCUCAUUGACAGGCAGAUCUUCCGCUUCACUGAGGAAGGCAUGGUGAAUGCACGCUUUGACUACAACUAUGACAACAGCUUUCGGGUGACCAGCAUGCAAGCAGUCAUCAAUGAGACACCUUUACCCAUUGACCUCUACAGGUAUGAUGAUGUGUCAGGCAAAACUGAGCAAUUUGGUAAAUUUGGUGUCAUCUACUACGAUAUCAACCAGAUUAUCACCACUGCUGUCAUGACUCACACUAAACACUUUGAUGCCUAUGGCAGGAUGAAGGAGGUCCAGUAUGAGAUAUUCCGGUCUCUCAUGUACUGGAUGACUGUGCAGUAUGACAACAUGGGGAGAGUGGUUAAGAAAGAGCUGAAGGUUGGCCCUUAUGCCAACACAACUAGGUACUCAUACGAAUAUGAUGCUGAUGGCCAGUUGCAGACAGUGUCUAUCAAUGACAAACCCCUCUGGCGUUACAGCUAUGACCUAAAUGGAAACCUCCACUUGUUGAGUCCAGGGAAUAGUGCCCGGCUUACACCGCUCAGGUACGACCUCAGGGAUAGGAUUACUAGACUGGGGGAUGUGCAGUACAAAAUGGAUGAGGAUGGCUUCCUGAAGCAAAGGGGCAAUGAUAUUUUUGAGUACAAUUCAGCUGGCCUGCUCAUCAAAGCCUACAAUAAAGCUAGUGGAUGGAGUGUGAAGUAUCGCUAUGAUGGCCUGGGAAGGAGAGUGUCUAGCAAAACCAGCCAUGGCCAUCACCUGCAGUUCUUUUAUGCAGACCUGACCAACCCAACCAAGGUCACCCACUUAUACAACCACUCGAGCUCCGAGAUCACCUCCCUCUACUAUGACCUCCAAGGCCACCUCUUUGCAAUGGAGCUCAGCAGCGGUGAUGAGUUCUACAUAGCUUGUGAUAACAUUGGCACUCCUUUGGCUGUCUUCAGCGGGACUGGCUUAAUGAUUAAGCAGAUACUGUACACAGCAUAUGGGGAGAUCUAUAUGGACACCAAUCCCAACUUCCAGAUCAUCAUUGGCUACCAUGGAGGACUGUAUGACCCCCUCACAAAGCUUAUCCACAUGGGACGGAGAGACUAUGAUGUGCUAGCGGGUCGGUGGACAAGUCCAGACCAUGAUAUGUGGAAACAUCUGAGUAGCAAUAACAUAAUGCCUUUCAACCUGUAUAUGUUCAAAAACAACAAUCCCAUUAGCAACUCUCAGGAUAUCAAAUGCUACAUGACAGAUGUCAACAGUUGGCUGCUCACCUUCGGGUUCCAGCUGCACAACGUCAUCCCCGGCUACCCCAAGCCAGACAUGGAUGCGAUGGAGCCGUCCUAUGAGCUAAUCCACACCCAGAUGAAAACCCAGGAAUGGGACAAUAGCAAGUCAAUUUUGGGGGUCCAGUGUGAAGUGCAGAAGCAGCUGAAGGCCUUUGUCACUCUUGAGCGCUUCGAGCAGAUCUACAGCUCCAGCAUCGCCGGGUGCCGGCAGGUCAAGAAGAACAAGAACUUUGCCUCUGGAGGCUCUAUCUUCGGCAAAGGAGUCAAGUUCGCCAUGAAGGACGGGCGCGUGGCCACCGACAUCAUCAGUGUGGCCAACGAGGAUGGGCGGAGGAUCGCGGCCAUCCUGAACAACGCCCAUUACCUGGAGAACUUACACUUCACCAUCGACGGGGUGGACACACACUAUUUCAUUAAGCAAGGGCCAUCGGAGGGUGACCUGUCCAUCUUGGGCCUCAGCGGCGGGCGGAGGACCCUGGAGAACGGCGUGAACGUGACGGUGUCCCAGAUCAACACAGUGCUAAGUGGAAGGACUAGACGUUACACGGACAUCCAGCUCCAGUACGGCGCGCUGUGUCUAAACACUCGCUACGGGACCACCUUGGACGAGGAGAAGACCCGCGUCCUGGAGCUGGCCCGACAGCGCGCUGUCGCCCAAGCUUGGUCCCGGGAACAGCAGAGAUUGCGGGAUGGGGAGGAGGGUGUUCGCUCAUGGACAGAAGGGGAGAAGCAACAAGUGCUAAACACGGGCCGGGUACAGGGCUACGAUGGCUAUUUUGUGAUCUCAGUGGAGCAGUACCCUGAACUCUCAGACAGCGCCAACAACAUCCACUUCAUGAGACAGAGCGAAAUGGGCAGAAGGUGACAGAGAGGGGCGAUGCGGUGACUUCUUGCCAAAGACAGCUACUCUUUUGUGGCCACUUAACCUGACUGUGUUGUACUCAAUCCUUUUUCUAAACUGAACAAGGCGGGAGGGGGGGAAGGAGAAUAGGAAGAGAAGGAAUAACACGGUUGCACUGUAACUCAUGCAACAUACCCUUUUUUUCCCCUCUCUUUAAUUUGGCCUUCACACGUUUCUUUGCAAUGAACAGAAGGUAUAUUUUGCCGUAGUGUGGUCACAGUGAAAUUUACUGUCUCUUGUCCUUAUUUUUGUUGGGUUUUUUAGUUUCCCCCCGCCAUGUGAGGAAUUUGAAGUGGGGAGUCCUCAACGUCCGUCCUUUAGGUGUGAAGUGCGAAAUGGGUGUCUGUGCUAACUUGUGUCAUCCUAACCCUUUCUGAGUUGGGGCAGGGGCAGACAGCCUUCCACCCGAAACACGGGGAGCCCGCGGCGUGCUGGAGAGCUCUGCCUGGAAAGAAAGGAGACGGAAGACAACGCUGACUCCGAUACUCCGAAAACGACCGUCCGAAUCAUGUGCCUCAAAAGAGACCUUACAAAGUAGUUUUCACGUUUCACUUGGGACAUAAAGUGGGUUUUUUUGGGGGGGCUCCUGCUGAGCAGAAGUAGAUUCUAGAGGCAAAGGAGCUGAUUAUAUUAACUUGCAAGAUUAUCCUCUUCCUUCCUGAACUGGAAUAAAGAAAGGAAAAAAAAUCAGUCUUUUUUUCGUUA